AAGUGUGAUCCGAAUAAACAAAGAAAUUUUCCUCCUUGCCAAUCACAAGAGCAAAUCAUCUCAUCGCAAGUUGGACAUAGCCAUCUUUCCAUUCCCGUAAGCCCGCACCACGUCUCCCUCAAAUUGCCUCUCUCUUCUCAAUUCCUUAGAAAUUCUUCUCUCCAAUGGAGGACACAUGUGUCGAUUUGCCAAGCGAAUGUUGGGAACUCAUAUUCGAUCACCUCCAUCGCCACCACCAUCAAUUCUUGGAACCGGUUUCUCUUGUCUGCAAGAGCUUUCUCUCCCUCUCCAACCCACUUCUCCUUUCCUUAACCCUCUCUCCUCACACUAUCUCGGUCCUUCCAAGACUCCUCCUUAGGUUCCAGCGCCUGAAAACCAUAGUCGCUGAGGAAUUUUGCGGCGACCUCGAUGCUCUUCUCUCCCAAAUUGCCCGAUCCCACUUGAGCCUUCAGUCCCUCCAUCUCUCCAAGCAGAAAUCGGCUCCACUGGAGGGUCUUCGGCAACUGGGUUCCACGAUGAAGAGCUUGAAGUCUCUGAAAUGCUACAAUUUUGGGCGUUUAUGCGAUGGGGAUUUGAUUGAGAUAUCGAAUUCUUUGCCAUGGCUUGAAGAAUUGGAUAUCAGUUAUCCCACUGUCGAAGAAACAGGGGAAAGUGAAGGGCAUAUCACAGAUGCUGGGAUUGAGGCGAUGUCUAAAAAGUUAAGGGAGUUGAGGAAGAUUGACAUUUCCGGUUUUGCCAUCUCUAAUAGUGCCAACUUGGUUUCCGUUUCGGUGAAUCGACUGGACCUCAAUUCUUCUCUUUUCCGGUCUUCCUUGCAGACCAUUGAGAAUUCCUUCAUUUGUGCCAGAGCUUUAUCUGUGAUUGAAUUUUCGAGUAUGGUUAUUUCUGAUGCCCUUCUUUGUUCCAUUGCCAAAGCACAUCUUCCAUUGAAGAAGCUUGCACUCUCCCAUUGCCAGAAUUUCACAUUACUGGGGAUCUCUUCGAUUUUGCAUGCACACCAAUUUCUGAGUGAAUUAGACCUUCGUGGGGCAUAUUUCCUUACCGACCAGUGUAUGAAGGAUUUGUCUGGGUAUCUCUCAAAUGUAACCUCUAUAAACCUUGCUGCAUGCUCUAAGCUGACCAAUUCAACCUUCUUUAUCCUCACAAAAAGCUGCUCCUCACUCACAGAAAUCAAAAUGGAGAGAACAAAUCUAGGGGAAGAGGAUCAUGUCGUGGAUUUAGUGAAGAAUACUCGAAUCAGGUCUUUGAAAUUGGCUGGGAAUGAGCGAAUGAGCGAUGACUCUCUUAGCAAGUUUGCAUCUGUCUGCCCAAAUUUGCAGCUGCUUGAUGUGAGCUUUUGUGCUGGUAUUACAGGAGGAGGCAUUGCAGAAAUUUUGAAAAGUUGUGAUGAUGUUAGGCAUUUGGAGGUAAACUUCUGUGUAGGUGUUAAGAGUUUUGGUGCAGAUUCAAAACUUUCCAAAUUGGGGGUUUUGAAAGCAGCAGGUUCGGGGAUUUGUGAUGAAGGGCUGGUAAUGGUUGGACAGACAUGUCCUUGGCUCCUGCAUUUGGACUUGCGGGGUUGUUCUGGAGUGUCAACAAAAGGAGUGAAGGAAAUAGUGAGGAGCUGCAAGGGAUUGAGGGAGAUCAACAUCAAAGGAUGUCUUGAUCUGAAUGCCAAGUUUGUAGCUAGGAUGGUUUUCUCAAGGCCUUCAUUAAGGAAAAUAAUACUACCAAUUGGUUUUUUUCCAGGUUAUAACCAGAGGGAUUUUCUCCUGCGCCAUGGAUGUUUAGUUUGUUGUAGUUAGUUCUUGAAGGGAGCAAGAAGAGAUCUUUAUUAUUGAACCAGAAAAUCUGUUUUCAUUGCCGUUGUAUAAGAUUGUUUGGCUGAAUAAAAUUGCUUGACAUUGUAUACUAUCAUCCUUUUGUGCCAGUUUUCGGUUCCUAGUUGACCAAAGUAGAGGAUGUUUGGGCAUAUAGAGGGCUGAAUUAUCCAGAAAUCUUUCUGAGCAGCAGAAUUACUUAUCAAUAACUAAGGACUGGUGAUGAUUGGAAGGCUACAUUUUGGGUUGGUUGUUGCUUGAAGUGAUAGCAGGACGUAUAAAGGAUGAGGUGGUUGAUUUGAAGAGAAUUCAGAUAAAUUUUUUGGGUUUUCAUAAAGAUAGAUGUCCUAGUUUGAGUGUUGUUUUCAAGAUCAUCAGCAUGUAACCAUCUGGUUUCUUUCCUACUGGACCAGAGGAGCCUUUGUCCUGUGCCAUGGAUGUCUAGUUGGUAAAGCUUAAGCUUCCUAGAGGAACAUGCAAAGCAAACAGUAUUACCUCUGUUUUUCAGUUACUAUUUUGCAUAAAAUUGUUGCAGAGAAUCAAGAUUUGUCCUGCAGGAUACAACUACAACUGUAAGUAAUCAGUAUUUGAGUGUCAAUCAAGAUUUCUGUUUCAACAAAUUUUCAAAGUUUUUCAUA